AUGAAUUUCUACGACCAAAACUUCCUUCUUCUGGUGACAGGCUGUGGGGCCCUCUCUUGGAGACAGUGUCACAGUAAGGAACAGUCACCGGAGGAAAAAGCUCUGAACCAGCCUCCGGUCACUCCAAGAGCACAGGCCGAAGCGAGACAGUUUACGAGAUUAUUUCUCAUUGUGUACUGUCUGGUGAUGGGGUCAGACUGGUUGCAAGGCCCGUAUGUAUAUAGCUUAUAUAAGGACCAAUUCGGCCUAAGAGAGACUAUAGUAGCAGCCCUAUUCACAACAGGGUUCCUCUCCGGAGGUAUCUCCGGAUACUUCGUUGGUCAGUUUGCGGAUCGAUAUGGACGCAAGGUAGCCUGUCUAGUCUUCUGCAUCACCUACUCUAUAGCAUGCUUCUCGACUCUCAUUCCCAGCGUCCCAGUCCUCUUCUACGGCCGUGUCUUUGGCGGCCUCUCAACCAGCCUGAUGUACAGCGCCUUCGAAAGCUGGAUGGUCACCGAAUACCACAAGAGACAGACGGAGAGAACCGGCUCCAGUUUGAGUGGAAUGUACGGCAUCAUGACCACGUUAAACAGCAUUGUCGCCAUCUUGUCAGGUGUAUUUAGCGAGUGGCUCGUGAACGUUACUAAUACCAAGCGCGCGCCUUUCAUGGCGAGCGCAGUACUGCUCAUCGUAGCAUUCUGGAUCAUCCUCCUCUGCUGGAAAGAAAACUACGGCGACAGCCACAAUACGUCGGAAACCUCGACCGUCGUCCACAAAGACGCGCUCAAGACAUUCUUCACCGACAAGCGGAUCUUGACGCUAGGUCUCGCGUCGUGUUUCUUCGAGGGCAGCAUGUACCUGUUCGUUUUCUUCUGGACACCCGCUCUGAAGGCCGCGCAGACGCUUGCUGGCUCGCCGGCUCUCCCGCUCGGAAUGAUCUUUGCGUGUUUCAUGGGCUCCGUCAUGCUCGGCUCUCUGGCCUUCAAUCUCCUCGUCACAAAAUACAAACUCAUCUCGCACUCGCGCCUCUUGACCAUCAUCUUCGCCACGGCCAGCAGCAGCCUUCUGAUUCCGGUUAUCGUCCAAAAUGAAGCAUUGACGUUUUGGAGUUUCUGCGUCUUCGAAGCAUGUGUGGGCAUGUACUGGCCCAGUGUCGGGUACCUGAAAGGCCGUUUCAUCGAUGACGGGAUCCGUGCGAGGAUUUAUGGGAUGUUAAGGAUCCCUCUGAAUAUUUUUGUGGUCGUUGCAUUGUCAUUGAUCAAGGAAGGGACGGAUUACAGGAAUUUGGUAUUUAUGACUUGCAGUGGGUUGCUUGUCUUAACGUCGGGCAUCUUUCAAUAUUGUGUCAGCGAUUAA